AUGUCGUAUCGCGCCAACCUCUCCCACGACGGGUACAUUUACACAAAACAAGGCGGCCUCGCCCAGGGCCUUCGCACGUAUGGUGUGAUUCUCCCCGAGACCAAGAUCCGUGACGCUGCUGCGGGCAAAGUCUGGGAUGUCAUUGUCGUUGGCGCUGGGUACACGGGCCUGAUUGCUGCUCGGGACCUCGUCAAGGCCGGGAAAAAGACUCUCCUUCUCGAGGCCCGCGACCGGAUUGGAGGCCGGACCUGGUCCGCCGAGGUCGAUGGGACGACAUAUGAAAUGGGCGGCACCUGGGUCUCGCACGUCCACGGCCGCCUCUUUACCGAGAUGCAGCGCUAUGGCCUGCAAGACGCUGUCCAGAUGACCCGCACCGACGAUGGCGGUUGCGCCUACUUCACCCUGGACACGGGCUCCGGAUCGCGGAAGCUCUCGCUCGAGGAGGCUGGUGCAAUGACGCAGCGGGCCUGGAAGCUGUUUAUGAACAUUGAUGGCCUCGAUGGCCGGCUCCUCUGCCCCCUGCCGUACUCAUCCCUCGGCAACCAGCGCGUCUCCUUCGAGCAGAUCCAGGCCGUUGACCAAAUCUCCUGCCGCGACCGCAUCGACCAGAUCAAGGACGAGCUGUCUGCGGACGAGCUCGCCCUGCUGGAAUCGCUGGUCCCCCACAUGUGCGCCGGCACCGUCGAGGACGUGGGCUAUCUCGAGAUGCUCCGCGCGCAGGCUCUCCAGGGCUUCACCCCGGAGACGUUCGAGGAGGUGUGGACUCUGUACAAGAUCCGCGAGGGCCAGUCGGCGCUUGCCCGCAAGAUCUUCGACGACGCCGUCCGCCUCGGCCUGCAGUACUCCUUUAGAACCCCCAUCAAGUCCAUCAUCGACCGGCAUGGCGUCGUCACCCUCGACACAACCACCAACAAGACCUUCCGCGCCCGCCGCGUCGUCAACACCAUCCCCCUCUCCGUCCUGCACACCAUCCACUUCGACCCCCCGCUCUCCCCACUCCGCCAGGAAGCCAUGCGCAUCGGCCACCUCAACCACCUCACCAAAGUCCACGCCGAAGUCGAAGGCGACCUGCGCGGCCUGCGCGGCUGCACCUGGCCGGGCGACCUGCUCUACAUCUACGGCGACGGGUUCUGCGCCGGCGAAAAGAGCACACGCAUCACCUCGUUCGCCGGCGACAACCGGGGCAAACUCGACCCUCUCAAGGAACCCGAGCGCCUCGAGACGGCCCUGCAGCGCUUCCACCCGAUGAAGAUCAAAAAGAUGCUCUUCCACGACUGGCUGUCGGAUCCGUACUCGCAGGCGGGGCCCGCGUGGUACCGCACGGGGUUCUUAACCAAGUAUCUGGCGGAGCUGCAGAAGCGGCAUGGGAACGUGCUCAUGGCGAAUGCGGACUGGGCGAUGGGGUGGCGGGCGUUCAUCGAGGGGGCGAUGGAGCAGGGCGGGCUUGCGGCCGAUACGGUGAUGAAUGAGCUGGGGAUUCAGGGGGCGAAUCCGGCGAGUGAUCCAGAGCGGGAUGCGCGUUUGUGA